GUCCAACUUUAGACACAUUAUCAGUUAUACCGUUGUUCUCACUUAAACGUUCACAAUGCAAUUAAAAUUUGUGCUAUUCGCUAUUUUAGUGGCGGCUUUUGAAAUUGUUUCCGCCACAAAUUACUGUGAUACAUCCUUGUGUAGUUCUGGCCAACAUAUAGCAUGCAAUAAUACUGGGAAUUUUGCAUCGUCGUGCCAAAAUGCAGCCUUAGCCUCACUGACACAAGAAACUAAAAAUUUGAUUGUUAGUGCGCACAAUACCAAGCGUAACACAGUGGCUGGCGGAAGUACCGCACUCGAACCCGCUUGCCGCAUGGCCACCAUGACAUGGGAUGACGAAUUGGCCUUCUUGGCGGAACUGAAUGUCAAACAAUGCCAAAUGAGGCAUGACGCUUGUCACAAU